UAUCAUUGACUUUUUCUUUAACGGACUCGUGUAAUUAUAAAAGAAAUCUAUCCGUUGUGGCCAGCACAACAAAAAUCUGACCGUUGGGUGUUCCUCCUCGUGUCGUUUAAAUACCUGAGACUCCCUCUUUGUCGGCACAAAAACAUCUCUCUCUCUCUCUCUCUCUCUCUCUCUCUCUCUCUCUCUCUCUCUGGUUGCCAUUGUUUCCAUACAUAGCUCUCUGUUUAACGAAAUCACAUAACCCACCAAUCACUCACUCACUCGCACACUCAUUUGCAUUUACUUAUUCCCGCAAAUCUUUCUCAAUCAAUGGCGGAAUCCAAAGACACCCACAUAGUCGAAAUCCCCGUCGACGAAGAACACCAACAGAAGCAACAGAUCACGAUAUCCGCAAUGCAAAACCAUCCACUGAUGGAAAUCUCCCAAUCCCCUGGCCAUCUCUUGCUCCUCAAGCUCUGGCAGAGAGAGGAAUCCCUCUUCGCCCGUCGAAUCUCCAUGAAAGAGACCAGAAUGGAUUCCAUCAAAUCAGACUUGUUCCAACUUUGUUUUUUCUUCUUCGUCUUUCAUGGGUUUUUCCUCACCAUUUUGUUCACGUCUUCUAUUAACUCGGAACACCGCGAUCGCGUGUGUCGUAGUUGGUUUAUUCCUUCGAUUUUAUCUGUUUCGAGUUCGGUUGUUAUCAUGUUGUUGGUUCAGAUGAAAUUGUACAGGUAUUGGAAGGUGGAGAGGCAGUUACAGAGGGAGAGAGUUGAGAGCAGGGCAUUGACAAGGUGCAUUCAGGAAUUGAGGAUGAAAGGGGCGAGCUUCGAUCUGUCGAAAGAGCCGCAAAAUGGGAAGAGAAUGAAAAGCUCGAGUGUGGAAAUCAAGUGGAAGCCCCUCACUUGGUGUUACCAGAAUCUGUUAACUAUUUGUUUGCUUUGCUUUGCAGCUCUGGUCUCCCCCGCUUCCAAAUUAAUCCUCUGCGUUUAGGUUCGAGAUCAAGUUUUGGAAGGGAAAUUGGAAGGGGCCCAUUUAGCAGCCAAGUGUCAAGAUGAAUUAGUUCAUCGACAGCUUCAAAGGAUCUACACAUAUCGAAUAACUUGACACGCGUCAAAUAAAUUUGGGCACACAUCUAUGUCCGGAGCACUGCCGGGGGAUGAAGCAUCUUGGUCCGAUCUUGCUUAGAUUCAGCAUAAAACAACAGCAGAACAUCGUCGCGAGGAGCAGAAACGAAAUCCUCCAGCAUGUUGUGGUGCUUAUGUUAAGGCCUAAACAACUUAACUUGCUAUGAAGCCAAGCCCCAUUCAUAUGAAUUAUGGUUUCCAAUUUUUCCAGAAGGGCCAGCAACCGCAUUUAUAUGCCCAUUUGGCGGCUGAAGAUACUUUUACUUCAGUGCAAUGUAUUCACCAUGCAACACUGCUUGUGUUCUGAUUGUUUUCGAUUAUACAAGAGUAUUUUUUAUACAUGUACCCUUUUGCGCAGGAGCAUACCCUACCACGAAUAAGUACAUUGAAUUUUUUUCGCAUUACCAAA